GAGACUCAGGCCUUCUGACUUUGAUUCUGUUCUUUCAUCUCGUUGGGCAUGCAGUUAGAGAAACAGGCAAAAAGGAAAAUGAAAGUGACAGCUGGAGCCCACGAUUUCCUGGAAAAGCCCAAGAGUUUUGCUUUCAUUUCUCCUGCAGCACUUAAGGGAAACCAGUUUCGCAAACAACUCCUGUUCAAAAGCCACCCUACUCUUCUAUCUGUCUUUCUCCAGCCCAGACGCUCACAGCCUCCUGCAGGACCAGGGGGCCUCCGAGAGUCAAGGACAGAGGUUCAGGAUCUUCCUCUCCCUCGGGACCCGAGGCCACAAAGGAGAGCUCCGUGGAGAGAAGAAAGGUAGUACAGCGUCUCUUCCCAGCCAGAACACCUGUCAUUCUGAAUAUGAGGAGGAUCAGAGACACGCUACCUCCAGCCUGCCAAGAAAAUCGUUUGACUCCUGGGGACACAGAUUUGGUGCCACAGAGGCUGCUGGACAACCAGGCAGAGGAAGAAAGUGAGGCUGGUGUUGAUUUGAAAAGGGAUGAGGAAGAUGUUCCUCUGUGUGAAGAUGUGGAGCUACAAGACAGAGAUCUGUCCCCCGAAGAAAAAAUAUUUUUGAAAGAAUUUCCCAGAUUGGAAAAAGAUCUAAAAGGGAACAUCGACAAGCUCCGUGCCCUUGCAGAGGAUAUUGACAAAACCCACAAGAAAUUCACCAAGGCUAACAUAGUGGUCAACACUACUGCUGUCAUCGGUGACGUGAUGAGCCUCCUGGGUGUCGCCUUUGCCCCAGUAACAGGAGGAGUAAGCCUACUGCUCUGCGCCACUGGUCAAGGUUUGGCAUCUGCAGCUGGGGUCACCAGCAUCGUGAGUGGUAUGUUGGAAAAAUCCAAAAAUGAAAAAGCCCAAGCACAGGCUGAAGACAUACUGCCCACCCAUGACCAAGAGGACAGGGAGGAUGAGGAAAACAGGGCAGACUAUGUCACAGCUGCUGCACAGAUUACCUAUAAUGGUGUAAACACCUUGAAGUAUGCCAAGAAAAACAUCCAUGCAUUUCAGAAACUCAGAGCUGACCCAAGCUUGGCCAGUGCUAGCAAGCGUCUUCUGACCACUGGCCAAGUCUCCUCCCGGAGCAGCAAGCAGAUACAAAAGGCCUUUGGGGAAACACUGGCGAUGACCAAAAAUGCUCGCCUGCGGGGAGGUGUGAUGUCCAUCAUCUCCCUUGGCCUUGACUGGGUCGCUCUCUCAAAGGAAUGGAAGCACCUGAAGGAAGGAGCAACGACAAAGUUGGUGGAAGAGUUGAGAGCCGAGGCCUCGGAGCUGGAGAGGAAACUCACAGAACUCACCCAGUGCUACAAGAGCUUGCAACAGAAAGUAAGGUCAAGGGCCAGAGGGGUGGGGAAGGAUUUAACUGGGACCUGUGAAACCAAGGCUUACUGGAAGGGGUUAAGGGAGCAUGUGUGGGUGUGGGUGUGGUGUGGGUGUGUGUGUGUCUGUGGGUAUGUAAAGUUUACAUGAAUGUUCCUUAGGACAUGGCAUACAAUGGCCUUGGAGGUCCAAAUAAUAUCAAGUACACCUUGGAGAUGAGGGUGCCUGUCCUGGACAGACCUAGGCAUGCCUUCUGUUUAUCCCUCAAUGCUCCUUAAGGCCUAUAUGCUGGGAAAAGGGUCUCCCCUGUUUGUUUGUUUGUUUUGAGACAGGGUCUCUUGUU